CUCAUCUAUGAGAGCUUUGCCAGGUUCCUGGUGGAGCAUAAAGGAUAUGACAAAGACCUCCUCAACCUGACCCCUGCCACCUGGGACUUCUGUUUUAAAGGACUAGUGGUGGAUCUGGAAGAUGGAAACCUUAUGAAGUUAGCUGAAGAUGGAACUGUUCUACGAGCAUCACAUGGAACCGUUGACUUGAGCAUAGAUGAGAUCACCAAGCAUUAUGGUCUAAAGAGGGAAUGGAAGCACUUCAACAGCCUGAAUACGUCCUUUACAAGAUCUGCAAAAUAUUAUUUCUAUGACAACUACUUUGACCUGCCGGGGGUUCUGCUCUGUGGAAAAGUUGUGGACGUGUUGCACAAGCAAGGGAAUGUGGUGAACUCUGACUUUUGGAAAGACAUGUUGGCUGCAAUUGAACACAAUUACAACACAUCUGCAUUUAAAGAUGACUCAGGGACGUACUUCCCCAGCAUAAAGAGGGAUCCAGGCCAUUAUCUGCAGCCCUGUUCUGAUUUGGUAAAAAAUUGGCUGCGUGGUAUGAAGGAUGCUGGGAAGGUUCUGCUGCUCAUCACCAGCUCCCACAGUGACUACUGCAGGCUGAUCUGUGAAUAUAUUCUGGGAACGGAUUUUGAGGAGCUGUUUGACGUCAUCAUCACAAACGCACUAAAGCCAGGGUUCUUCUCUUUGGUGCCCCAGCAGAGACCCUUUAGGACCCUUGAAAUUCUAUCAGGGCAGACAGAGCCUCAGGUGGCAUAUUUUGGUGACAGCAUGAGGUCAGACAUUUUUCCUGCUACCACCUUUGGGAAGUGGGAAACUGUGAUGAUAGUGGAGGAAAUGGAGGGGGAGGGGGUCCCGAAGAGCGAUGCAACAAUGUUCCAUGAGAUCCAAGUCGAGCCACAAGAUAAAAGGGGAAAAUUUGAGGAGCAGGGCAUGAAGUCCCCUUCAUCUGUGUCUACCCAGUGGGGCUCCUACUUUGUUGACCUGCAGAGAAGUGGAGAGAACACACAUGAGGAGGAGCUCCAGAAACUGACCUGGUGCUGCCACUGCAUUCACACAUACAGCACUAUGGCCAUCCCCAGCGUGGAGCACAUCGCAAAUCUUCCCCUGGAUUUCAAGUUUCCCAGGUUUUCUCCUGACAAGCCCUGCACCACUGGAUACUACCCCCGGCCUCCAGAGUCCUUGCUGAAGAGGCCACACCCCUCAUCACCUGUUCAGAGAAACCAUGUGAAUGUAAGCCACAGCAUCCCUCCAUAA